UCGUAUUGUCGUACCUUGGCACUUCGAAAUAUGUCGACGACUGUUUUCGAAAAAUCCCGUGUUUACGGAUUUCCCUCUGUUCGUCACCGAGACGCUCGUCGAUCUCUGCUUAAAUCUCUCCUCAGCUUUUCGAUUCGGCGGUUCGAUGAUUCAUCCUCUUGCAGUGUCGGAAGAUUGAUUUACUGGGAGUCUUGCGAGAAUUAUCCCGGUGAAGAGUAAGGAUGGCUGGAGCUGGUCCCAAUGAGCGAACUACGAGGCGGUUGCCGAGGUGGAUGGUGGCGCCACCUGCGAAUGACCAAGCAAGGGAGUCUGGUUGUAGGGACAGUAACACUGUUCAAAUAAACAGAGGAGUAGUUUCACCUCAAGGGACUAAUUCGAAGAGUCUGACAACGCAGCCUAAAAGGGCAUCCUCGCUUCAGGGAAAUUAUUCUUCAAGAGUUGGUGGAUUUGGUCUCGUGGAAUGUGGAAGGAAGAAAAGGAAAAGAAGGGUGAGCGAACAAGAAGACGGUUCUGAUGUUAGUACGCAUGAAAUUGUUGAGGAUAGAAAGGAGCACAGAAGGGGAAGGAGGAAAGCUCACGAUUCAGUUUUGCAAAAAAGAAGGAAAACAAAGAGUCCUGUUGCUGAAGGUGAUGAGGAACUUACUACCUUUGCUAGUGAUGACGAUGUCGAACUUACUGUUGAAGAUCUUAUGAGCAUUGCUGAAGAGAUCAUUGCAUCAAAUAAGGAUGUCGAGCAGCAAAGGCAACACCUUGGAAGAUCAGAGACAUCAAUGAGAGGGUCAGGCAAUGUUAAACAAUAUUCUCUUGAUGCCGGUGCUAUUCAUAAUGAAAUUCUUGAUGAAGCAAAGCACAAGAACAAUUCAAAUGGAGUUCAGGCCGGUGAAGAGACUAUCGUGAGCAUCAAGGGAACAGGCGAUCCUGCUCGGGAGAUGCUAGAUCUCUUUCUGGGUCCCUGGCUGAGGAAGCCCGUGGAGGAAGAGAAAAUGAGUCAGUUUGUUGCAGAUGAAGUGAUUUCAAUGCAGGAUCAAAAGAAGGAAAGCCACGGUGUUGUUUCCGCCGAAGCUGCAUCCCCAUUGAAAAAGAAGAGCAGUCUCAAGGACAAAGUGGCAAUGUUCUUCUAAUGAAGAGGAGUACUGAAGCGU